AUGAACUGUGUUGUUGAGGGAAACUGCGUUAAAGCGUUUGGGAGGGCUAUCCAUGCCCUGGCACGGCUUGGAGAUGAGCUGUGGUUCGACCCAAUGGCCAAAGGGCUGGCCCUGAGGUCAGUGAAUUCUGCCCAAUCUGCCUACUCCUGUUUCCUCUUCUCAACACUGUUCUUUCACAAAUACACCACAGAGAAGAGCAGUGAGGCCAUCAAAUGUAAACUACACAUUAAGACCAUACUGCCUCUUUUUCGGCUGCCCUCCAUUGAGCGCACUGUGGAGCGCUGUCAGGUCUCCAUAGAAGAUGACCUGGUGAAAAUUAAGUUCUUAUGCAAACAUGGCAUUGUCAAAACUCAUAAUCUGCGUUUCCAGGAGAGUGAUGCUCUGCAGGCUGCAUUUGCCUUCCACCUUUGCCCCAACAUCCUCAAAGCUCCAGCCAAGCUCCUUAGUGACAUGGUUAUGCAUUUCCCAUUCUCCCAAGAGGAAAUCACAUUGUCAGUAUCUUCUGGAAAAAUCAGUCUGAGGAAUUAUUAUGAUGGAGGGAAUAGUCACAUGAAGAUGAUGCAGACAGAGAUGUCCUUACACCCAGACGAGUUUGAUUACUUCCAGGUCGGAGUGGAAUCAGACAUAACUUUCUGUCUAAAGGAGCUACGGGGAUUACUGUUGUUUGCAGAGUCACAUUGUCUGCCUGUGUCAGUUUACUUUGGAGCAGCAGGAAAACCCGUGUGCUUCUCCAUUGAGGACAUGGUUUUGGAGGCCACUGUGGUUUUGGCCACUCUGAUGGACUCUGAGAGCAGGGCCACCUCUCAGCACACAGCCACCCCUCUGCAAACUACUACUACUACCAGGUCUGCAGUGGAUGCUGUAGAAACAGUCCAUCUUCAGGACACUUCAGGAGUCACAGAGCUGGUCACCUCGAGUCAGGGCAGCCCCCUCUUCUCUCAGACUGACCUCCCAUGUGGACAGGGGGAGCCCAAGCAGGCCUGUGCCCCUGCUCCCUCUCCUGCUCCCUCUAUGGUGUGUUCUCUUCUGUUCAAGGCUCUGUCUGAGGAUGACUCUCAUAUGCCUGCCAAAGUCUUGGUUUGUGUCAGUGAUGAAGAGGAGGAGAUGGGGGAAGAGACACGGAGCCCCUUCCUUUGA